AUGUACAAGACAGAGACUCUGAUUUUAGGAUCCUGUGGGGCUAUUAUGCCUGGAGCCAGGAUGGUUGUGAGUAAACCUCAUAUUUGGGUAGAAGAAGAAUCACUUAAAGAGUCAAAGGAAAGGCAGGAGAAAGAAAAUGCCUCCAAAGCUGAAGAUGCUUCUCAGGAAAUUCUAGAUUCACAUGAAAGAGACCUUGUUCCACAUCAGAAACACCACAGGGUUGCCUGGCAGCUGACUUCCCCCAACUCUGAGGAUGUACGGGAGGAACAAAGAGUAUUCAAAAAUGUUGACUCAUUCAAGAAAUUAAGCAAUCAGAUAAAGCAUAGGAUACUACAGAAGGCCUGCCAUCAGCAGUUUGAAUUCAGAGAUGGGUGUAUUGUCAACUGUUCCAUUCCGAACCUUGUCUUGGGGGUCCAGCGUCUCAACUUGCAUUCAGGUUCUGGGGUUGUUCUGGCGAGGAAGAAGUCUUACGACAAGUAUCAGAAGUGGCUGCACAAGGAAGAGAGCAGGACAUUUCACCUGAUGAGCAAUCCAAACCUGGUACUUGCAGUAGCCCUGCCCACAGGAUCAACAGAGGAUGUUGCCGAGACCACAAGCUACCCUGUUAUUGUUCAGAGAUAUAAACCAUAUGGUAAUGGGGCUUCCAAUCAAAAGUGGCUUUACUUGAAAAACAGUAAUGUGCUGAAGGCCUUCUAUAGCACAAAGUUGGACAUAGAAAUCACGACGGCAAACCUCGCCGGUGUUUGUACAUCAACUGUGGCAAAGGAAGAGAAAAUUGACCAAGUAGGCUACCACUUCCAUCCCCCGGGCUGCAAGACUAAGAUCAGGAUCUGCUUGGCUUGCGCCCAGUCCAUGGUUAACCGGAAAGAUUUGAAAAAACUGCCUCCAGGGAACAAGUUCGCCUGUGCCUUUGGUUCAAACCAGGGUGAUUUAUCCUCUUGCAAAAAUGAAAAUAGUCCAAGGCAUUAUGAAGAACUUCUGUUAUCUUUUAAACGAGGAGGCUCCACGCAAACUUUAUCACAUAAUAUUUUGGCAGCCAUGAGCCAGAGGCCGGUAAAAGUAAUUGCACAUAAAAACGGAGCAGGAUCCGCCAAUGGCAAAUUAAUUGUGGCUCACUCUUUCCCUGUGCUUCUUUCAGCAUGCACGACACAACUCGGUCUGACCAGAGCGGCUUCUAGACUCUACACAUAUGAUGGUACCACCAUUCUUAACCUAAAUGAUUUAAUUUUGUGGGCUGUGAAUGAAUCCUUGAAACACAAAGACUCUGAAGAAAAAAAAUAUGUAUUCCCAGAGGAGAACAAAGAAAUGGUGAUUCAGAGUACAGAAGAUAAAAAGCCAGACCAAGGAGAAAUCAAGUUAUCUCCACAGACCAUGAUGUCAGCCUGUUUACAUUCUUUCAAUACUUCUUUGCUCACCCUCAUUCUCAAAAAUCCUAUAGAAGUCUGGGUUUCAUGUGGGGAACCAUUUAUACCUCUGGAUGCUUUGCAAAGAUCAGAAAAACUUGAGAGAAAGAAUUGGCUAAAGAAGGACAGAAUUUUGGCUGAUCUGGAAUUCAUGAAACACAAAAUGAGACAGUUAAAAGGGCGACGAGUCUUUAAGAGUAAACUUGGAAAAGUGAUUUACACCAAUAGCCCUGCUAGGCACACGGUAGUCAAAGGUAACUGGAUGGAGCCCACUCAAGAGGAGAGGAAGUUACUGAAGCACAUAGUAAGUGCUGAGGCACACCUUUCUGAGGUCCGGAGCCAGCAGACCAAACGCCAUUCUCCAGGGUCAAUAAAACAGUCCAACCUGUACAUUCAGCCCAACACAAAAAGAGUCUUCGCCUACCUCAAUGGUCGUGAACAUGAAGAUGUCGUUUAUGCCUGGGGCAGAUCCAUUGCAGAGCUCCUGGAUAGUUGCUCCCUGCGCCUCAGAAUGACGUGCCCAGCCAAGACCAUGUUCACCCUGGAUGGAAAGCCUUUGACAUCUUGGAAUGAUAUCAAGAGGGACAUGGUCAUUUGUGUUUCUGCUGGAAAUCAUUUUGUAAGCCAUAAAGAUAUAAAGCGACGGGUGGCUAUGCGAGCAAACUAUGCCCAUGUCAAAAAACUGAAGGGGGCUCACGCCACAGAUAUUGUUGUGUCUGCCAUAGAGAAGCCACCAUCCAAGACAAAUAGGUCAGACUCAAUCGUAUCUCUGUACACAACUCAUUGUUUCGAGGGCUGUGUCACUGGGGGCCAGCUUUUGGCAUGUGCCACCUUCUCUGUCUGUGGCUUCUCCUCUCUCCAAGCCCUGUUGCAGCCCAUCAGUCAGUCCAGCAAAAUUAAGCUCAGAGAAGCUUAUCUCUUCCAAGGGCACAUGCUCUUAUUAUUGAAGCAGACAGUGGCAACGUCGAGAAAUCCCUCCGUUGGGAGGAUUGCUGUGGGAUGA